AUGUCAGGUACGAAGCGUCCCCAGUCCGCUGUGUCCUCUCUUCUCCUCUCACAAUUUCCCGCAGUCCAGAAAUUCGACUUGUGGGCAAGCAAACAUGUCGACUCUUGUCAAUUACAGCCUUUGAGAGACGCCGUCAUCGGCGUUGACGCCUCCUACUAUCUCGACCUGCGCCUCAACGGGACCAACGAAGAACCCCUCAAGCAUGCCCUCGGUGGCUUGCCCUUUUGCUACAAGAAAGCGAUAGAAGAAGACAUCAACGUUCUACGGCAGCAUGGCAUCACCCUUGUCUUUGUCUUUAGCGGCCUUGAUUAUGUGAACAAAAGCCUUCCUGAUUCGCAGUCUGCCGAUAGCAAAAGAGUUCAAGAUGAAGCAUGGCACCACUAUUUGAGCGGGGACGGCAAGCGCACAGUUACGGACUUUGGAAAGGCCAAAUAUCCCGUCGAUGUCAUGACUAGAUCUCUCCAGAAGUUGCUGACGGAGAACAAAGUGCAAUACAUGGUCGCUCCAUACAGUGCUACUGCGCAGUUGGCCUACCUUCUCAAGCUGGAAGAUCAAUUCAUCGACGUCGUCAUGGGCACAACGGAAUGUUUUCUUUUUGGUGUGGACAGAGUGGUGACAGACUUCAACCUCCAGAAACCAUCCUUAAGCUUGGUCAACAGGGCAGUAUGCGAAGACAUCCUGAAAGUCAACACCGACACUCUGCGAGAUGCCCAACUCCUACUUGGCACAUCUUUCACACCAACCUUUCCAGUUCUCGAAGCUAUGGCGACAACCAAGUCAACAGGGAUCGUUGACGCGAUCUCUUUGGUCAACGGUGCUGGAAAAUCCGUAAUUCAGUUGUGCAAUUACCACCGAGAUCAUCCCCAGGUUCAAGCUCUCAAAUAUGCCGACCGAUAUAAAAAGGCGUUCAUGACCAUCAAACACCAUGUGAUCAUGGAGAAGAACGGAGUUGUUGCUCCGUUGAAUUUUGACGAAGCCCCUGGCGAUGUCCACGAAUUCGUUGGCCAGAGACUUCCAGAGGAGUUAUUCUUCUACAUCUCCAGAGGUUUAGUAGGGCCUCGAAUUCCAAACUGGCUGACAUCCGGUGAAAUCGUUCUGUCUCUUCCCGGGGGUGUCUUGGACUCGGAGCCAUACCGGCGUCUUGUAAUAGAACUGCUCAAUCCCCUCCGAACUGAGGCCCUCAAGAUUCUCGCCGAGUCUUUACAUUAUUACUAUCAAUCCAGAAUCAUCAAAGUGGAUCCAUGGAUACCCCAAGACACGACCAACCUGACAAUCGAGAUCAGAAACACACCAUCCUGGAAAGGGAAGUUAACGCAAUGGAGGAUUCGUGGGCCUGACAUCGAGGCUGUGGUUGGAAAUUUAGGGAAUGUUGGCCUUUUCCUGCCUUCAUUGCGGUCCCUCAGAGACGCCUCCUUUGCGGAGAAGACGAUCACCAGGGGCAAACUGGAAUAUCCAGCUCUUCGAACGCCCGAGGAGAUUUAUCUGAACACGGUGUUUCGAUUCCUGCACGUUCGUGGUUACAUUGACGACAACCACACCCUCACUUCAUGGGGCAAGGCUCUAGAAUCAGCUUUAGCAGUUUCCGAUGAUGAGAGCACGAUUGUGGGUGUGGAAAUGCUAAGACUAGGAUUGUUCACUGGCAAUUUUGCCACGGGAACACCCGUCGCACGAACUGAAUAUGAUCGAAAGGUUUACACGAACCUCAUUUCCAAAACUGCUUGCCUGGGUAGAAUCCGGCAUAAGCCAAUGGGAUUCGUUGGACCUCUUGAUCGGCAGCUAUUGACCUUUGCAUGGAAGAUCACAGCGGUUCGCAGCUCGCUACGAGACCUGCUAGAAACCGUCAUGACCAGCAUGUUCUUGAACGGGGACGUCGAGAGGAAUCGGGAAGAUUGGCAACUUUGUGGACCGAUACAUAUAGCUAACCUCGUCAUCGUCAGACUACCCUUCGCCAGUGAUAACGGCUCUGGCUUAGGAAUUGCCGUUAAGACUUACUUGGACGCGGUUAACGAGGAGCCUGAGAUUACGGACGUCCUGAAAAGCAAGAUCAAGCAACAAGAAGGGAAAUAUAGUUGGUUCGGACAACUCAAAGGUGGAAACCUGACAAAGAGUCUCGACCAAGCCUGGAGAAUCUGGGAUACCAUUUUCGCUGCGAGUCAGGCGCCUGGCACAGAAGUCAAAGAAGCCAAGCUGUUCGCAGAAGCCAACGACUGGCUGUCUGCCCGGCGUUGA